CCAUCAAUCCCAAAUUCCACCUUCAUUCUUCCUUAAAACAGAGUCUGGUUUUCUCUUUUCCGCCCACCAUUCUCCUCCAUCUUCUUUUCCUAAAUCAAUAAACAAAAAUUCCCAAAAACCAACCCACCAAAAAUUCCCCCAUUUUUAGCCCACUGUUUUCUCUCCUCCCAAUCUCUUUUAUUACCCACCUUCUACUGAGUUCUACUUCAUCAAUUCAUCCACUCUCAAACCUCCAAAUUUCAUUUCUUCUAGUGUAAUAUAAAGUUAACAACUUUACAACAAUGGAUACUGGAGCUCCAGCAAAACCUGUCCAACCCAUUUCACUCUUCGGGUCAAGUACAUUAGGUCAUCAUCUGGGUCGACGCUUAGCUCAAAUUGGUGUAACCGAUGUAUUCUCAGUUCCAGGAGAUUUCAACUUAACAUUACUAGACCAUUUAAUAGCUGAACCACAGCUCAACUUAGUUGGGUGCUGUAAUGAGCUCAAUGCUGGUUAUGCUGCAGAUGGGUAUGCUCGAGCUAAAGGUGUGGGUGCGUGUGUUGUGACUUUCACUGUUGGUGGGCUUAGUGUUCUUAAUGCUAUUGCUGGUGCUUAUAGUGAGAAUCUUCCUGUUAUUUGUAUUGUUGGUGGACCUAAUUCUAAUGAUUAUGGAACUAGUAGGAUUUUGCAUCAUACUAUUGGAUUACCUGAUUUUACUCAAGAAUUGCGUUGUUUUCAGACUGUCACUUGCUUUCAGGCUGUGGUGAACAACUUGGAUAAUGCACAUGAGCUGAUAGACACUGCAAUUUCAACAGCUUUAAAGGAAAGCAAACCAGCUUACAUUAGUAUAAGCUGUAAUCUUCCUGGAAUUUCGCAUCCAACUUUCGCUAGGGAUCCUGUUCCAUACUUCCUUUCGCCAAAUUUGAGCAAUCAGUUAGGCUUGGAAGCUGCCGUGGAAGCCACAGCUGAGUUCCUAAACAAGGCUGUGAAACCUGUCAUUAUUGGUGGACCCAAACUUAGGGUGGCAAAGGCACAAAAAGCUUUUGUAGAACUUGCAAAUGCAAGUGGUUAUCCAGUAGCAGUCAUGCCAUCAGGUAAAGGGCUGGUGCCUGAACACCAUCCUCACUUUAUAGGCACAUACUGGGGUGCUGUUAGUACAAACUAUGUUGGUGAGGUGGUCGAAUCAGCUGAUGCUUAUGUUUUCGUGGGUCCCAUUUUCAACGAUUAUAGUUCAGUUGGGUAUUCGUUGCUAAUUAAGAAAGAGAAAGCCAUUGUAGUGCAGCCUAAUCGUGUGACUAUUGCUAAUGGUCCUUCAUAUGGCUGGGUUUUCAUGGCUGAGUUCUUGAGUGCAUUGGCAAAGAAGUUGAAGAGAAACACCACGGCAAUGGAGAAUUACCGUAGGAUUUAUGUCCCUCCAGGCAUGCCUUUGAAGUGUGGGAAGGACGAACCACUCAGAGUUAAUGUUCUCUUCAAGCAUAUCCAGGAUAUGAUCAAAGGCAAUUCUGCUGUAAUUGCAGAAACUGGGGACUCUUGGUUCAAUUGUCAAAAACUCCGUCUUCCAGAAGGCUGUGGGUUCGAAUUUCAGAUGCAAUAUGGGUCGAUCGGUUGGUCUGUAGGUGCUACAUUGGGAUAUGCUCAAGCUGCCCAGGACAAGCGAGUUGUUGCUUUCAUUGGCGAUGGGAGUUUCCAGGUCACCGCUCAAGAUGUUUCAACUAUGAUUCGUUGUGGGCAAAAGAACAUAAUAUUCCUUAUCAACAAUGGUGGAUAUACCAUUGAAGUGGAGAUUCAUGAUGGCCCCUACAAUGUGAUUAAAAACUGGGACUAUACCGGCUUUAUCAAGGCUAUCCAUAACGGUCAAGGAAAAUGUUGGACAGCCAAGGUCCGAACAGAGGACCAACUGGUUGAUGCUAUAACAACCGCUACAGGUGAAUGCAAGGACUCGCUUUGUUUUAUAGAAGUCAUUGUGCACAAGGACGAUACCAGCAAAGAGCUGUUGGAAUGGGGAUCGCGUGUUGCCUCUGCCAACAGCCGACCUCCCAAUCCUCAGUAAUAAGUAGCGCUAUAUGCCUGUUAUCGCGAGCUUUCAAUCUUCAACAGCUCUGCUUUGAUUGUGGUAGUAAUCUAUGGUGGCAUUGAAUAAAGGAAAUAGGAAGUAAUAGUGUUUUAUACUGUAUUUGUAUGUAAAUAAAUGUGUCUUUUGUUGCGAAUUCAAUUUUCUUAUCUUAGAGGAUUUGUAUCACUGCUCACUUGCUAAUCUGAGAGGAUAUGUAUAGAUUAUCUUGAUGAGUUCAAUAGACAUGAUAAGUUAUCGGAUGGUUA